CGGCUAGGGGUUUGGUAGCGUUGCUGUGCGCUCUGUGAUCCGCGCGCUGCGUGCAUGGAGGAAGCAGCUGCUGAUCUGAUCUCUGACAUUGUGCGACUGCGAGGCAGACAUCCGAAUAAACUGCGUACUGUCGCGUCUUUAAGCACGCCACACCGAGACCCGACGUACAUGAUUAACACUACUGAGCUCAGCUGCAACAAACCUCUCUGGAACCCUUGUCAAAACCGCACAAUUUCCCCCCCCCCAACGUUGAAUACUUAUUGAUUUCACUGUUCUAAGCAGUUGGUCCAUUUCUCUCCAUCCGAUGCAUCUGCGGGGAUUGUGUGAAGAAAUGUGAUCAACGAGACUACAUUUUCAAAAUGCACAACCGACCUCUUUGAUUUAAUGGGUCCAAUUAUUGGGAUGUCACCAGACAAGAAAACGGAAAUUCCGGGUACGCAAGAGGAGCGGACAUGGCUUCGAGGUGUUUGUGGAGUCGGAACACUGCCCGAGGCGGAGUGCGCUUCCAGCCCCCUUGCGACCAGCGUGGACCGAGCCGGCGGUGCCGAAGACGAAGAACUCACCAACCUCAACUGGCUUCAUGAGAACCUGCUUCAGAACUUCACGUUGGGAGGUCCUGAAGCGCAACCCAGUGGGAGCCCUCUCUUUGACAUCGAAGGAGACUACGGAUCCAACCAGGGAACUUCAUCCUCGUCCACAGCCUCAACUCACAGUAGGGGUAGAGAGCGGGACUCCUUGAAGUCCAAGCCCCCAUUUUCUUUUUCGCUCCUCAUUUACAUGGCCAUUGAGCAGUCUCCCAGCAAAUCUUUACCCGUCAAAGAAAUCUAUGGCUGGAUUCUUGAGCACUUCCCUUACUUCUCCAAUGCUCCCACCGGAUGGAAGAACUCAGUGCGUCACAAUCUCUCCCUGAAUAAAUGCUUCCGCAAGGUCGAAAGGAGUUUAGGAAAGGCCAGUGGAAAAGGUUCUCUGUGGUGCGUCGACCCAGAAUACCGCCCCAACCUGAUCCAAGCCCUUAAGAAGCAGCACUUUCCCGCCGCACAUGCCUUCUGCACACCACCCGCCUCCCCGCCCAGUGCCUCCUCACCCCCUCGCCAUCUCUUUCUGCAAGGUUGCUCAUUUAAAGAGUCUGAUAUUGAUGCUGCCACUGCCAUGAUGCUCUUAAACUCUGCCCCAGGGCACCACGUUGACCCAUGCAAUUCUGACGGCCCACUGGACCUCUCCAGACCCGACUCGGUCCUGGUGAGCAGCGAUCCAAAGCAGGACCACAACUACAGCAGCGUCGCCCUGCAGCGCUGCUCCUCCCGGUCUUCCUCGUCCUCCCUUUCCUCCCUAGAUGAAGGAGGCUGCGAGCGCAGGCAGUCCCGCCGCGCCGGCAGCGAGGGCUUCCACAGCGACGAGGACUCUGACCUCUGGGAUGAGAGGGGCGUCAACCAAACGCAGCGCCGUCCACCCGCCAUCAAAUGGCCUGCUGGCAAAAGGCCGCGGCGUGAGGUCAAGCCAGAGCUGGAUGAGGAGCUUAAAGAGGCCGCUGGUUCCUUGCUGCACCUGGCGGGUAUACGCAGUUGCACGGAGGGCUCCAAACGCAAUGUCAAGAGCACAAAACUUAACAGGAAAUAAAGAUAACCCUUCAUCAGACUCUGGACCCUGUGAACCCUCACCUCUGACCCACCCCCAGUCGCGUGUCCCGCUGUGCCUCCUUCUCCUUUUCUCAUCUCGUGUCUUGGCCAUUUUGAGCCUCUCUUUCGUUGUUUGUUUGGGAUAUCUCUGUCCAACGAAUCAAAUGGCAAUAGUAUUGUUCACACAGGAGAACGAAGCCAUAAUGAGACUUUUGCAACUCGGGGGCGGUCACAACAUAUUUGGGGAGGGGGGGGGGGGGGCUGAGCGACGGAGAACGGACUCGAUCCAAAAUGACCUGCCUGCUUCUGUCGAAAUAGACGAUGGUGACUCAAGAUUUUCUUUUUCCUGUGAAAAAUGGAAAACGUUUUUUCUAACUCAAAGCGUUGCAUGCUUCCUCCUCAAACUUGUAUCCUCUUCCAAGUGAGUCUGUAUAUGACGCGAACGAGUGCAUGUUUGUAAAAGACAAAAUCUAACCUCCUGCUGUUGCGCGUUUUCCCCUUUUGUGCUAACGAAAAAAACCAAUGCGGCACGGUUUUAAAACGUGUGCUCUACACCUCUUGAGAGAGAGAUGCAAUAAUGAAUCCACAACCUUAACUUUUUCACGUCAUUUAAUAUUGUGACUUUUUCCACCCCAGAGAUAUGCUGGAUAAGAUGCAAUUAAGCAAAUGAAUGAGAUAGCGUUAUUUGUCUUGUUACGCCGUAAACAUGAGGAUUAGCAAAUUGCGGAAUUAGUAUUUACUCUGCCACUGCCAAAUUUUACUUGCAAACUUUGCCCCUUCGCCUUGUUGUCAAUCACGUUCAUCCACCGGGGUGUUUUACAUUUACGGCACACUUGGGUGUGUGCGCAACGAAUUUCCUCGACUACUUUGACUUUUUUUGUGUGUGUGUUUUCUUCAGUCUAAAACUGAAGGUGAGACAAGAGGGUCAGUUACUCUUAUGUUGAAAAAAAAGUAGCCAGGCUGCUUGACCCUUGUGGACGGGAUGCUAAAUAACCACUGGUUCUUGCACCAUUUAUUGCAGUUUAUUUUUUGUUAAAAUCUGGCGGGAUGCCUGUCUGAUUUGGGAGAGUUGAAGUCGAGCUUGUUUAAAGCACGAUAAACCCGACGGUACAGUCAUGGUUGGACAUAACUGGAAUCCUUAUGAUGUGAGCUGCUCUCGUGAUUUGACCCCAACUUCCGGUCGGCCACUCGUGUUCCUCUCGCUGCGCUUCCUCCUUAAAACAAAAUGAGGAAGUACAAAACCCCUUCACGCUGUGAAAUGUGGUGCUUACUGUCUGCUGAUUACGGUCAGCUCACUGUGGGAGGUUACAAGGCAAGCUGCAUUUGACAUUUAGGUUUUUCAAAUCAAAAGUACUUAACAAUAUGAGGAAAACGCGCACAAUAGCAUCUCAUCCCACAUAAUAUUUAAAAAACAAAAGUGCCACAAUGUGUUUUUGGUGGCUUUAAGUAUAGCCUAUGUUGUCAUUGCCAAACAUUUUACUGUGCCACUGAUGUAAAACCGCAAGGGGCCAUGGUUGCGAUGUUUCCCUGUUGCCACAAUAUAAUUCUAGAUUGUCACGACUUGUUGUCCAAAGUAACCGGAAAUGUAAGCGGACUCUGGACACAUCCUAUCCUUUGGUUUAUUUUGACCACUUUAUGGUUCGGAUCUGCUGCUGCAGACGUACAGUAAUUCUUGCAUACACUGGUCUUAUUUUGCUGUGAAAGAAGAACAAAUUAAUUGUUCGUGAAUCUUUACCUUAUUUAUAACUUUAAUUUAUCGGGUGGAAACGCCAUCAAACACUGGUCAUCUGAAAGGAGAAUGACGAGGCACAUUUAAUUUCUUUUUUCAUAUAAGAAGUAUUUUAUUUUUCUUGUUCUGCUUUGAUUUCACAGCAAUACAGCCUAUUUUCCCCUCUUUCCAUGUGUUAAAGUAUUUUUGCCAAUUGUCUAUAGAGCGGGUGUUUUUAUUUUUGUUUAUUUUGGAAAUGUAACUAUGACUGCCAGAUAUUCUUUGCUUUUUGUUAGCCUGGAUAGAAAAUGUUGAUCAACAUUCAUACUGAACCUUUCUUUUGCUGCCAAAAUUGAUGUACAAACUGGGGUGGUGCAAAAUGUCACAUUUCCCUCUUGUGUUGUUGAAUUUCUGAUUUAAUCAUUUUACAUUUUUGUCUUUAUGUGUACUUUUUUUUUUUAAACUUGAGCUAACUACAAAAAAAAAAAAACUACUGCCACUCAUUAGUCAUGCUUCCAAGACUUGUGAAUAAUUGUGAUUGUCACUGGAAAUUUGGAGCAGACCCAUGCGGUCACCCAGGCUGCUUGUGUAGUUGCAGACCCUCAGCCCGUUUUGAGGACUGGGGAUCCGGUCCGAGAGCAAUUAAGGCCUCAGACGAAGCCCGUAACGUUUAACCCACAAAUCCAAAUAAUAGAUCAUUUAUACUGUGCUAUAUGAUAAGAAACAUUUGUUUGAUUUUAAGAUCAGUUUUAUUCUUGAAUUUAAUAUGGCCCUUGGAGUACACUGUAAAACCUGAUUUGGCCCCUGAGCACAAAAAGGUUCCCCAUCCCGAUAGAGUUCUCACUCAUUCUUUUUGUAGCACUUGUCAAAAGAAGGUUCUGUUGCUCUCAGUAAAAAAACACACCAUGUUGGGCCGCCACAAAUUUAACGCCGCUCAUGACACCGGUUGCUCUGUUGCUUGUCAGCUUUUAUUAAAUAUCGGUCAUGUGGUUCUCGGAAUUAUGUUGCAGCUCUGUAUGGGUAUGAUUAAGUUGCCUUGGUUUAAAAAAAGAAAAAAAGAAACGCAACAAAAAAACUGCCAGCCCAGUAUCAGUUUGUGUCUGCCAUGGCUUUCGGACCGGCGCACAUUUUUGGUUUUUGUAUGCUAACCUCUGUUGAUAAAAUGUUUAUAAGAUUUAUUUUCGCCAAAGAUAUGCAAUUGCAUUAUAUAUGGUAUUACAAAACUAUUAAUAAAAACCUGUUCUUCUUA